CGGCAUUCCAUGGACCAUGGACCAUCCUGACGACUUGUACGUGCCGACGUAUGAUGUGCAGAAGUCGGUCGCACACUUGCUCGACUCGAGCAGCGACGACGAUGGAGACGUACACAACGUGACACCAAUCAAGCGGAGGCGGGUGGACCAGCGACCACUGCAGCUGUCAAGGGCUGCGGCAAGUCGGGGUGUCGCUCGCCGUAUAUCAACUGGCAGCGACGAGUCAUCACCUCCACGACAAUCUGCAACAGCGCCUACCAAUGUCAUUGUUCUGAGCUCCGACGAAGACGAUGACAACGACGUCGAGAUGUUGCGUCAGGUCGCGAACGACCCCGAAGCGAUUCGCUUCAAAGAACUCGCGAUGCGGUCGGCUGCGGCCGCGGCUGCAGUUAUAUCUCUCGAUUCUGAUGACGAAGGCGUCGUGCAACAUGUCAAGCCGGCAUCUUCAUCCGCCAAGGCAUCGACCAUUCCGUUGACCGUGCAAUGGAGGUCACGGGCAGGCGCCAUAGAGACCGAAGCCUUCACUCUACGUCACACGGACUCUUUUCAAGCUGUGCUCGAUGCGGUGUGUGCAAAGCUGCAUGUACCCCUCGACGCCAUCAACAUGACGUUUGACGGGUCUCCGGUCCUUCCAUGCGACACCCCAGAGACCAAAGACGUCGAAGUUGGUGACCAACUUGAUGUUGUUGUGAAUUGGGACAAGGUGAAGCCUCCGCAGGCCGCUGCCAACGCCGUUCGUGUGCGCAUCCAGCGCACCGGGUCCAAGAAAAUACAAGUGUUUACGAUCGCUCCAGAGAUGCCCGUGAAGAAGCUCCUGGAAUCCUAUUCCGCUGUGCACAGCCUGCCAUCCAAUGCCGUGGUGCUCAAACUAUAUGGAGAAGUCUUGCGGGAAGACGCCACGAUCGAGUCGUACAUGUUGGACGGCAACGAUGUGCUUGCCGCGGAGACGUCGGAAGCGGCAGAGAUUGCCGACGACGACUUGAAUUCGGUGCCAAUCACCCUCCGUUUUUCCAACGGCGAAACAGAGAUUCACCACAUAGCAUUGGCAGCCAAAGUCGAAACGUUGGUGGUCAGAGUGAGCCGAAAGCGCCACGUCGAGCCAGCGCAGAUCAAGUUGGUCGUUGAUGGCGAAGUUAUGAACCCGCAGCAUCCCUUUCAUGCGUACGACUUGGAGGGCGAAGAGAUUAUUGAUGUCAAGCUCACGUAACAAGAAACGUCGACGAAACUUUGGUGUCCUUGACGCAGUGUUGGAGUUUGAUUCACAAGAGUGAAAGUGGCCUGAUCGUCAGCAGGUCGCCCCACCUGUCAUGGAGUCCAAGUGCACACCCUUGAAUGUUCUCGUUCACUGG